UGGUGAGUCAGAAUUACAUCCAAGUGAUCAAGCAGAGAAGAUAUUCAAAGUGUGGUCCCUGCUUCCUUUCAUACCAUAAAUUACAUACAGAAGAUGCACCAACACAGAAGCAGCUCCAUCUCUUGUAUCCUCUUCCAGCAAGGAGCUCUGGACAGAUUACUGUUCGUAUGUAACCAUAUUUAAAACAAACGGCUACUUCCCCGCCCUUCCAAGAGAGUAUAUAUAUAUAUAUGAGGCACCAGCUGAACCCCACCCAACUGGUUUCUUUACCUGAAGUCAUUUGGUCAACACAGAACCUGAAGUUCCAGGGAGGAAAAAACCAGGAGUCGACAUGGCCUAUCAGACUGAAAUGAUCAUUGAUGCCCAGCCACAAGCUGCAGGCACCAACUACACGUUCAGCAGCCAGGGAGCCUGGAAUUCAGACCUGUGUGACUGCUGUUCCGAUAUGGGCAUCUGUCUCUGUGGUGCUUUCGUGCCUUGUAUCCUUGCCUGCCGUGUAGCGGAGCAAGCAGGUGAAUGCUGCUGCCUGCCGUACCUGCCUGGCACUCUCAUUGCCCUGCGGACUGGUGUGCGCGAGAGAUUCCACAUUGAGGGUUCCAUUUGUGAGGACUGGGUGGUCAUGGUUUGGUGUCCACUCUGCGGUCUCUGUCAACUUGCGCGAGAACUGAACAACAGGAACUGAAACAGAAGGCCUUCACUGGCAGACCUUCACUCCUGCAAAGGAAAUACAGUAGCUGGAUCAAUGGAAGUGAGGGGACAAGGCCAGAUUCUGAACCCAGAGCAUAUUUUGUUGUUAGACCUACUGUAGCAUCCAUGCAGGACGAAACAGGAAUAGAACUGGGACUUGUCUGCUUAGUCCCUGUGAUCAUCCUACUUGAAAACU